AUGCGCGGUCAAGUUGCGGCAUCUGGCGCUCAGCCAGAACUCGAAACUAAAGUGAAGAAAAGCGGCAGCAAAUACGAGAUCUCAUUCAGACCAACGGAAGUUGGCACUCAUAAGAUCAUCGUUGGCGAAAUACCAGCCCGGUCUAAUUUGAAUGAUACAGUAGAAUUUACCGUCGAUGCUGGUCGAGCAGGAUUUGGAAAUCUUGAAAUGGCAAUCAAGGAUGCUGAUGGUGUCAUCAUCCCUUCACAUGUUGCCCAGCUAGAAAGUGGCACGGCUAAAUUCCUUGUGACGUUUACCCCAACAUCUCGAGGGCAGCACACUGUUAACAUAACCUUCAAUAAGGAGGUGCUCAAAAACUCACCCUUCGAAGUGCUCAUAACCGAUCCUCCCGCACCGCUUGCGGAAACAACGACCGAAGCAGCUUCUGCCUCACCUUCUCUAUCCAAAAAGGAUACGAAAAAGGAGAAGGAAGAUAAGAAAAAGGAGGAGAAGGAACGUGCUAAGCGCGAGAAAGAGGAGAAGGCAGCUACGUUGAAAAAAGACAAGAAGAGCAAGCAUAAGACGGUUUCUAAGACUUCAGUGACAAAGAUUCCGUCACUUUCACGAGUUGGCCAACCAUCAAGCAUUAUCGUAGAAGUAGCUGGGCACGAUCAACUUGAAAUCACCAUUACUGUUUUGUUAAUUAUUCGUGUUAAAAUGAGUCAAAACGAUUUGGAUACCGACAAUUUAGUGGAUGCGUCCGAAGCUGGAGUAGGAAAUCUUGAAGUAGCUGUGAACGACGGACGUGUUCCUUCCAUGGCACAUGCUUUGGGCCAACAUCGCUACGAUAUAUCGUUUGUACCAAAAGAAAAUGCUGAUCAUACCAUCACGAUUAGAUUCAAUAACGAGCCAGUACCAGGUAAAACAAGACUAGAAUUCUUAUUUUGA